AUGUGCUCAAAGUGCCUUUGCAUUAGCUGGCGUGUGUUGUAGCUCCGGCGCUCACUUGCAGAGGUGCUGGGACGACUGAGGUGGCCCUGUCCCACGCCUGGUGGCCCCACUGGACCAUGGCAUGGGCACAAAGGGACCUGACAUCCUUGCUCUCCAUUGUCAUCGCUUUGGCUGCCUCUCUGUCUGCCACCACCAGUGAAGUGAACUUGCUAGACACGUCAACCAUCCUGGGGGACUGGGGCUGGAUGACUUAUCCAUCGCAUGGGUGGGACUCCAUCAAUGAAAUGGAUGAGUUUUUCAGCCCUAUCCACACCUACCAGGUCUGUAAUGUCAUGACUCCCAACCAGAACAACUGGCUACGGACCAACUGGGUUCAACGUGAUGGUGCAAGGCGUGUCUACGCAGAGAUUAAAUUCACUCUGCGAGACUGUAACAGCAUGCCGGGUGUGCUGGGCACCUGCAAGGAGACUUUCAACCUCUACUACUUGGAGUCUGACCGGGACCUGGGCUCCAGCACCCGGGAAAGCCAGUUUCUGAAGAUCGACACCAUCGCAGCUGAUGAGAGUUUCACCAACGUGGACCUGGGGGUGAGGCGCCUGAAGCUGAACACAGAGGUGAGGGGCGUGGGGCCCUUGAGCAAGAGAGGUUUCUACUUGGCCUUCCAGGACAUCGGUGCUUGCAUAGCCAUUGUCUCAGUGCGGGUGUACUACAAGAAGUGCCCGGCAAUGGUGAGGAACUUGGCAUCCUUCUCUGAGGCAGUGACCGGGGCGGACUCGUCCUCCUUGGUGGAAGUGCGAGGAGAGUGUGUGGGCCAUUCGGAGGAGAGAGACACCCCCAAAAUGUACUGCAGUGCCGAGGGAGAAUGGUUGGUGCCCAUCGGGAAGUGUGUGUGCAGUGCUGGCUAUGAAGAGCAACGGGAUUCCUGCACGGCCUGCCAGCUGGGAUUUUACAAGUCAGCCCCUGGGGACCAGCUGUGUGCAAAGUGCCCCUUGCACAGCCACUCGGAGAGUCGGGCAGCCCGCGUGUGCCACUGCAAUGGCGGCUUCUACAGGGCAGUGCAGGACCCCCCCUCAGCCGCCUGCACGCGGCCUCCCUCUGCUCCUGUGAACCUGAUCUCCAGUGUAAAUGGCACCUCGGUGACUCUGGAGUGGGGUCCACCCCUGGACAAAGGGGGACGCGCUGACAUCGUGUACAACGUGGUGUGCAGGCGCUGCUCGGGGGACACUGGCCAGUGCGAGGUGUGCGGCAGUGGGAUCCGCUUCGUGCCCCAGCAGAUGAGCUUGGUGCAGGGACCGCUGACAGUGACCAACCUCCUGGCCCACACCAACUACUCCUUUUGGGUUGAGGCCAUCAACGGUGUGUCCGACCUCAGCCUGGAGUCCAGGAGGGCGGCAGUCGCCAACAUCACAACAAACCAGGCAGCCCCGUCCCAGGUGGUGGUGGUCCACCAGGAGAGCACAGGCCAUAACAGCGUCACCUUGCUUUGGCAAGAGCCAGACCAGCCCAAUGGCAUCAUCCUGGAGUAUGAGAUCAAGUACUACGAGAAGGACAAGGAAAUGCAGAGCUAUUCUACUAUGAAAUCCAAAGGCACCACUGCCACCAUCUCUGGGCUCAAACCUGCAACCCGGUACAUUUUCCAGGUUCGAGCUCGCACCUCCGCUGGCUGCGGGAAGUUCAGUCAGGCCGUGGAGGUGGAAACAGGGAAGCCAGUCUCUCUCCGGUACGACACAAUGACAAUUGUCUGGAUCUGCCUGACGCUCAUCACCGGACUUGUCGCGCUGCUGGUGGUCCUAAUCUGCAAGAAGAGGCAUUGCGGGUACAGCAAGGCUUUCCAGGAUUCCGAUGAGGAGAAGAUGCAUUAUCAGAACGGGCAAGUGAAAUUUCCCGAGUCCAAGUUCUAUGUGGACCCUCACACAUACGAGGACCCCUGCCAAGCCGUGCAUGAAUUCACCCGUGAAAUCGAGGCCUCCAGGAUCAAGAUUGAGAAGGUCAUUGGGUCCGGGGAAUCCGGAGAGGUGUGCUGUGGCCGCCUGAAGCUGCCAGGGAAGAGGGAGAUUCCUGUGGCCAUCAAGGCGCUGAAAGCGGGCUACACAGAGAAACAGAGACGGGACUUCCUGAGCGAAGCCAGCAUCAUGGCACAGUUUGACCACCCCAACAUUAUCCACCUGGAGGGGGUGGUGACCAGGAGCAAAUUGGUGAUGAUUGUUACUGAAUACAUGGAGAAUGGCUCACUAGACACCUUCCUCAAGAAACAUGAUGGACAGUUCACCAUCAUCCAGCUGGUGGGCAUGCUGCGUGGCAUUGGAGCAGGUAUGAGGUACCUGUCUGACCUGGGCUACGUGCACCGGGACCUGGCUGCCCGCAAUAUCUUGGUGAACAGCAACCUGGUCUGCAAAGUGUCCGACUUCGGCCUCUCUCGCAUCCUGGAGGAUGACCCUGACGCUGCGUACACCACCACGGGGGGGAAGAUUCCCAUUCGCUGGACGGCUCCAGAGGCCAUCGCCUACCGCAAGUUCUCCUCAGCCAGCGAUGUGUGGAGCUACGGCAUCGUCAUGUGGGAGGUGCUGGCCUAUGGCGAGCGCCCAUACUGGAACAUGACCAACCGGGACGUCAUUAACUCGGUGGAGGAAGGCUACCGCCUGCCUGCCCCCAUGGGCUGCCCCACUGCCCUGCACCAGCUCAUGCUGGAUUGCUGGCAGAAGGACCGCGGUGAGAGGCCACGCUUCUCCCAGAUUGUCGGCAUCCUGGACAAGCUCAUCCGCAACCCCGACCACUUGAAGUGCACGGCCACUGUGAACCGGUUCACCCAAACACCCUUCGACAGGGGCCUCAUCGACCUGGCCAGCUGCUUGACAGUGGAGGACUGGCUGGACUCCAUCCGGCUGGGGCACUACCGGGACAACUUUGCCAUGGCGGGGUACUCCUCCCUGGGCAUGGUGAUGCGCAUGAACAUCGAGGACGUUCGAAGUUUGGGCAUCACCAUGAUGGGCCACCAGAAGAAGAUCUUGAGCAGCAUUCAGGCUAUGAGAUCCCAGACGAUGAACACAAAUGGCCCUAGGAGACAUCUCUGAUCGCUGGCCUUGCAGACCCGCACUGGGCAUUCCUUAACACUCACCCUGGAAAAGGGGCAGCAGGGUGGUGAGCAGGAAAAGGGGCACCAGACCAGGACCAGGAGCCCCGACAACAUCUCUUUGAUUCCAGUAUCAGUGGAAAUGUAGCUUUCAAGAAAACUUGAUGGUCCUGCUGCCUCCUUCCUUCAUCUGAAGGGGCAAACAGCCUUCCAAGUGGACUAGGGAUUUGCCAUGCCUCUCUCCAUCCUCUAGUUUGUCCCAAUGGGACUGGGGUUCCCAACACAACUAUGCAGGUGGUAACCCCUUCACAGAGCAGCGUGGCCUCAGCUGCAUCUGCAGAUGGAGGGGGGGCAGAAGCAUCAGCAAUACCAGAAGCAGCAGGACUGGGCUUGCCAUGGCACACAGCUCCUUUGGACCUUACAGGGUAGAUAACUGAACUGAGCAGGGCCCCACAGGCUGCCCCACAGCAGAGACAGCCUUGCUCCCAAUAUUCCCGGUUCCAGUCUGGACUUUCUGAACUACACCAGCCUACAGGUGGCAUCAUGGUCCACAUCUACCAAGCCCUGGACAGCACAAGUUGGCAGAGACAGGAAUGACUGGCUCUGUGCGCAGAGAUACGGAGCAUAAGACAAGAGGUUGUCAGUGGCUGCCAUCCGGACCCUCAAGGAGGCCCAGCGUGCUGCAAAAGGCUCUCCACCUCUUGAACCCACCAGCACUGCUCCUCUCUGGAUUCAGCCCAGGCGUGUUUUCUAGGGCCACAAGCUAAGGCUUCUCCCCCGUUAGAACAACCAAAGCUGCACCAGAGCAGAGAGGAGUGGGAGAGUUUGCACCCACCUCAGAUGGUGGAGGGACAGAGACGCUUCUGCCAAACUCUACUUUGUUCUCACACUGCCCUACAGAAACCCAAGAGCUGGUCCGCUACCACACUACCUGCCGAUGCCGAGGGCUGUCGUUCCAUCUGCAGAGGAGGGGACAUUUUCAGCCAAAAGUGCACAGGUUUGUGACUGGGGGCAGUGGCUGUGAGCAAAGAGGAUCUUCAGCACGACCCAGCUAGUGAGACCAGCGACUGGGACGAUGGCCUUUCAUCCCCAGCUCUCCUUUCUCUUCCACAUGAGUAUCUCUUGAUGAGCUUGCCUGGUGCCAGUGAGGUGGCUUCCAAAGCUGUGGAGCUGCUCUGAGAGGUGGAGCUGGCUGCAGAGGUGCAGCUGGGCUGGGGCAGGGGCAGGCUGGGGCUGGGAAGGUUUCUUUGGGGUGUAAAUACAAUUUUCUAUGGGUUUGGGGGCUGUUUUACUGAAAUAUGAUGUUAAGUACACAAAAAAACGGUGUCAAAGCACAGAGGCUUCAGAUAUGGGGCUGAACUCACUGCAAAAAUAAACCUAA